ACGGGGCGCGGCGGGGGACACGGCGGCCGCCGGGCUCGGUGGAGCAACGGCGACGACGGCGGCGAAGGCGACGGCGACUGGCUCUCUUUCUCCCUCACGCUCUUGCUUUUCUUCUUCCCCCUCCUUUCCUUUUCGACUUGGUCUCAUCCGCUUUCCCUAGUGGCCACUCCGAUCCUACGGCAUGACUUUCCGGCACCACAGGGAGAAUAGGGUGCAAGCCCAGAAACUAUUUCCCCACCACCACUUGUUGAAAAACUGAUUUGGAGGGAUCUCCGAGUUUGAACAAUCAGAAAGUGCCAGAAUUUGAGGCGUCUCUACUUCACUAAGUAUCAAGACGAAAAAACUGGAAAUUAAUCAGAACUUUAUACAAAGUCAGAAUGGAACGAUUUGUAGUAACAGCACCACCUGCUCGAAACCGUUCUAAAACUGCUUUGUAUGUGACUCCUCUGGAUCGAGUCAGUGAGUUUGGAGGUGAGCUGCAUGAAGAUGGAGGAAAACUCUUCUGCACUUCUUGCAAUGUGGUUCUGAAUCAUGUUCGGAAGUCUGCCAUUAGUGACCACCUUAAGUCCAAGACUCAUACUAAGAGGAAGGCAGAAUUCGAAGAGCAGAACGUGAGAAAGAAGCAGAGGCCCCUAACUGCAUCUCUUCAGUGCAACAGUACUGCACAAACAGAGAAAGUCAGUGUUAUCCAGGACUUUGUGAAAAUGUGCCUGGAAGCCAACAUCCCACUUGAGAAAGCUGAUCACCCAGCAGUCCGUGCUUUCCUGUCUCGCCAUGUGAAGAAUGGAGGCUCCAUACCUAAGUCAGACCAGCUGAGAAGAGCAUAUCUGCCUGAUGGAUAUGAGAAUGAGAAUCAACUCCUCAGUUCACAAGAUUGUUGACAAGGAGGCUACCACCAUUGUGAUCAAGAUAAAUAAUGUGGAGUAUUAAAGUUAUGUGUUGAUUGUGUGGUUCAUUUUUAUAUUUAUUUCAUUAAAAUCAUGUGAUACAGAAUAGUUCUGCGGAGUGUAUAUAGCCGGAAAAAAAAAAAAAACUCUCACUGCUAAACUUACUGUUAAUUUUAGUCACCAAUGGUAUAAAGCAAAACGUAGGUUUAGAGUGUGCUGGGAUACCUGAAACUUGAUGGUUAUCUUUAAAAUUGGUGGUUUUUAUCCUGAAAUGUUUGUGCAUGGAAGAACUGCCCUGCUUUUUUACCUGUUACCGUUUAUGACUAUUCUUUGUGAGAGUACUUAAUUAUUUGGAUUGAAGGAAAUUGAAGCUGCUGCUAGACAAUACCACUCAACAAUAACUUAGAGGAAAUUUUUCUGAUUAGAGGAUCCCCUUUAAAAAGCAAGGGGUGGGGGGAAAUUGUUCUUACAUUUUCAGAUUCCUAACGGAAAUGACUGUUUAUUGUAAACUAUGCUGUUUGUAUAUGAUGUAGUUAUCUUAACUAUCCUUCAGUUCCUCACUGUCUCUUUCCCCCUUUUUAAAGGCUUGUUGUAUUUAGUAGCAGCUUCAAGUGACCAAAAGACUAAAAUCUUUCUUUUAAUGUCAGUGCCAAAAACCAUGGGGAAUUUUGCAGUGACAAGAUUUUAGUCUUAAUAUAAACAAAUUUUUGAACCAUAGCUUUUAUUUCAGACAUCUUGGAUUUGCAAACUUUUUUAUAUCUUGAUGUUAAAAGAAUCCAAGAUUUGCAUUUUAAUUUAAAUGGGUGAACAUUUAAUGUUUGCGUUUCCUAUUUUUACAGAGAAUUAGUAAUUGCUUUUUGGCUGACAGAGCAGAAAAUACGGAAAUUGUUUUCAAUACAUUAAUUUUUCCAUAUGAUUUUAUAAGAAGUUAUUUGGGUAACUAGACUAGAAACAAGUUUACUUAAUUUUACUUUUAUCUGCUUUGCUUCUGGUGGUAUAAGGUUUUUUAAACAUGGAUGGUAAACUGUCUAGAAAUCCUGGCAAGAUUUUUGUAGUGGAAAUCUGGCAGUAUCCUGCAUAACUUGGGAGAGGUGGGGCAGGGAAGGGCAGAGAGGAGAGUAAUUAUCAGUUCUGUUAAGGAUCAACCAUGUUCAGGCAUCGAUCUCUCUGAACUUCACUAUCCUGUAAGAUUAUCAAAGUAGCUUAGGCCAGUUAAGUCCUCUCCAUAAGAGACCCAAAUUAUAUUUUUUAAAAAGUAAACAGCUAAAAACAUGGAACAGAGCAUUUAAAAAUCUUAAAUUCUUUGAAAAUACCCAAAUUUAAAAAUAUUUAUAAAGUAUAUUUCUAUACAAAGCACUGACAAAUGAUGCCCUUUGUGACUUGUAGUUAUAUUUGAGGUCAUAUUACCAUAAAUCAUUUUAAAAAGCCAAAGUGAAUAGGAAAAAGGCUUGAUUUUAUAUUUUUCAGAAACAACAUUCAAUGUGUAGGUUUCCUUACUGACUUAAGUUCUUAGUUCAGGUUGUCAAACUGGCUCUUUUAGAUUCUAUGGGGUUUCUUUUUCCUUUAAAAAAAAAAAUUGCACUUGUCAAAAUUUGGACUUCUAGUUUUUUUCUCAUUCUAAGUUAUGUUAAGGUAGCACAAUAAAUGCCUAGAAUAUUGUUAUCAUUGAUAAAGCAUAUAUGUGAGGAGACCAGCAACAAAACAUAACCGAAAUGUACUUUGCUUUUACUUUCUCUAAAUAACCUGCAGGCGACCAUAUUUAAUUAGAAUUGUCAGGUAUUCUGAGGAGCUAGGAAAAUAGUUGAGUUUUAUAGCAUUAUUUUUAGAAUACAAAAUAAGAUCAGAUGUACAAUCAUUCUAAUUUUUUAAAAUUACAUGUGAUUCAGACCACCCCAUACUGAUUGGGUAUUAAUUUACACUAACAGCAAACAGGUAGUGACAGAACAGCUUUGAGUAGUCUGUAAGUAAUAAGCUGACGGUGUUGCCAUAGAAAAACAUCAUCAAUAGUUCAUCUUUGAGUUUCUGGUAGUUAUUACUGAUUUGAUGAUCAUUUAGGUCCCUGUCUUAAUGUAUUUCUCCUAGUAUUACCACAUACGCUGUAUCUAGGGACAUAGUCCACCCUCUUAGGAUUAUAUCACGUCCUUAGAAGUCUUACUGUUGUGGGGGGUUAAUAUUAAUGUUUCUUUACUGAUUAUGAAACUUUCGUUCCCUAAGACUGGUUAACUUUGCCUCAUAGUUUAAAAAUGUAUACAGCAGAAUGAUUGUUUUAGCCUUUUCAGAUUAGUGCAGAUUUGUGAAACCAUGGUAGGCAUAUGUUAGAUAACAAAUGGAAAUGUCUAAGGCAUAUGUUGCUUUGGAGGUGUAGUGAACAUUGUGUACAGAAGCUUUCAACCUUAACUAUGUAGUGUUAGUGUGAUGCUAUACUAUUGGAAAAAAUAGCAUUUUUUUUCUAUUUUGUAAGUUGUAUGCAUAAAUAUAAGAUUUGUAAUGUUUCCUUUAUACCUUCAACACAUACCUGUUAAUAGCGUUUUCUCAAAGUAUGAUAGUAUGUCUUCCAGAACUUCACUAUAUGCUUAUGGUUCCUAGGUUGUUGAAAUGUUGAAUUUCUUGAUUUCUUUUUGAUUCUAUGGGGCACAAAACAAGCUGAAAGGACAUUGUAAUCAUUUCUUAAUAGGGUGAGAUUUUAGAAAGAUUGUGUAUAAGAGCCUAUAUUGUUAUUUUACCCAUUAUCAUCUUUGAGUAAGACUUUAAAAAAAAAAAAAAUGCUACUUACAGGUGAUGCAUUUGGUCCUGCUGAAUUUUCAGGGACCAAAAAAUUUUAAUGAAAAUUCCUGCAUCUUAACGAUUGUAACAGUUAAGCUUGGGAUUGUUCUGAAGUAUUAAUUGCUUAAAAACAAUUCUUGUAACAGUGGCAAGAUCUCCACCCUGAAAGUUCCAUGUUGAAAAUUUUACCUGAGAGAAUUUGUACAUUAAUGUUAGUGGAAAACACCUACAAACAAAAUAAAAUUUAAGGUGACCCAAAACAAAAGCCACAAACAUAUUUGUCAUUUGGUGCUUAGUCUUUGUAAGGGCUCUUCAUGGUUUGACUUGCCCCACCUGCCAUUAAAUGAGGACAGAUCACCUUAAAACAUGUUAAUCUAAUUAGUUCUACAAUUUCAUUUUAAAAUCUUAUUAGCCUAAAUUACUUUAGCUUCUGGUCAGCACUGAUUAAAAUGUGACUAGUGAAGUGGCUCUCCUAAGCCUUGGUUUUUCUCAUCCCAUACUAUCAGGGUUUCUAAGGUAAAUACAAUUGAUAUCUAAGUGAUAUUCUACUUCUAUCCAGAAUACUGUACUAAUUAGUAAUUUACUAUGUUCAUUUUGUAUUCCCGUGCUUAUUUUCUUUGCUCACGCAUGUAUCCUUAGUAUAAAUAUGUUGCUUUUAAAGUUUUGUCUGUGACUUUUAGAAAUAAAUUUUUAAAAAACA